AUGACAAACAGCUUGCCAGCCAUGGACCGCAGCCAUACAGCUCGGGUCAGCAGAUCUGGCGACACCUGUGCCCAGAAUUUGUGUGUGGCCAACUUCUAUAAGAACAAAACAGUCUUCAUCACAGGAGCUACAGGGUUCAUGGGCAAAGUCCUCAUGGAGAAGCUCCUGCGCUCCUGUCCAGGAAUCAAGAAAUGCUACACACUGGUUCGUCCCAAGAAGAAUCAGACACCACAGGAGAGGAUGGAGUCAGUUAUUAAAUCAAAGCUCUAUGACAAGUUGAGGGAAAGCAUGCCUGAUCUUAGAGAGCGGAUUGUGGCAGUUUGUGGGGACAUCCUUGAGCCACAUCUAGGGCUCAGCUCUGAAGAUGAAGCUAUGGUCGUUGCAGACACAAAUGUGGUGUUUCACUCUGCUGCCACAGUCAAAUUUGAUGAGGAGCUCAAAUUGUCAAUUCAGAUGAAUGUUCUUGGAGUACGCAGAAUGAUAGAACUAUCUAGAAAGAUGACAAACCUGGAAGCCUUAGUCCAUGUGUCAACAGCUUAUGCGAACUGUGACAAGAUGUCUGUGAAAGAAAUGGUUUAUGAGCCUCCACUACAUCCAAACAAGAUCAUUGAUGCAGUAGAGUGGAUGGAUAAAGAUUCGAUUCAGGCCCUCACAAGCAAACUGAUUGGUUCCCGUCCAAACACAUACACAUAUACCAAGGCAAUGGCAGAGUAUCUCUUGGUGGAAGAGGGUGUUGGGUUGCCCAUAGCAAUAGUCCGUCCAUCCAUUGUCGGAGCCUCUUGGGAGGAGCCUAUGCCUGGCUGGGUAGAUAACAUGAAUGGACCAACAGGAUUGCUAGCAGCAAUAGGAAAAGGCUUGUUAUUUGUUAUGCAUGGUAAUGUUGGCUGCACGGCUGAUGUGAUUCCAGUAGACACAGCCACCAAUGCAAUGAUUGCAGUGGCCUGGUACACAGCUGUUGAGAGACCAAAGGAUGUUCUAGUGUACAACUGCACAAGUGGACAAAUCAACAGGCUCACCUGGGGCACCUGGCAAGCCUCUUUGAAGGAGAUUUUCCUGAACUACCCCUAUCACAACAUUGCCAGAGUGCCAAACCCACAGUUUACCUUGAACAUAUUCUGGCGUGACACCGUCUGGUUCUUUUACCAGCUUAUGCCAGCCUAUAUCAUGGACUUUUAUCUUCGGAUAACAGGACAGAAACCCAUGUUUGUCCGAAUACAAGAUCGCCUGUCCAAAGCCGUCACCACACUGGAGUAUUUUACCUCCAAUGAGUGGCACUUCCAUAAUGAUAACAUCUUUAUGUUGCUGAGCAAGAUGUCAGAGGAAGACAAGCGGACGUUCUGCUUCGAUCCACGCAACAUUGACUGGAAGAAGUACAUGCUGAACUAUUGUCUAGGGGUGAAGCAGUUUGUGCUGAAGGAAGAUAUGGCUGAGCUCCCACAAGCCAGACGGGCCUUACUGAGGUUACAACGUAUCCAGAUCCUCCUGAAAGUAAUCACAGGCGUUGUCAUUUGGCGCUUGCUGGUCAAGCGGGUUCCUGUCUUUCAUUCCCUGUGGAACCUCCUUUUGAGCUGGGUUCUGUUCCUGUUUGUGAAAGUACCACAUGUGGCAAGAUCCUCAUAG